CGGCAGACGCCAACGAAGAAGAAAUUAGCAACGCCGCUAUUAAAUAUAAAAUGUAUUCUCAAAAAAGAUGCAGCGGAUCUAAUGUUGAUGACUCAGAGGGCCAGAAUGCAAAUAUUUUGAGUGAUUGAUGGGACAAGAUGCAAUUGCUGCUGCAUAUGGGUCAUGGAGGAAGUAAUAAACUUAACAGGUUGCACAGGGACUGUGUCCCAACUAAAUUAUUCAGGUUCUACGCAGAACAUUUCCAGCAGGGUGUACAAAGCUAUGGGCUUUGUUCUGGUGCAUGCAGGGGCAGGGUAUCAUUCAGAAUCCAAAGCCAAGGAGUAUAAACAUGUGUGCAAGAGGGCUUGCCAGAAAGCUGUGGACAGGCUGAGAGCUGGAGCCAUGGCCCUGGAGGCAGUGACUGCUGCUCUUAUAGAGCUAGAGGACUCACCAUUCACCAAUGCUGGUACAGGUUCCAACCUGAACUUGUGUGGGGAUAUUGAAUGUGAUGCCAGCAUCAUGGAUGGAAAAUCAUUAAACUAUGGAGCAGUUGGUGCUUUAACUGGAAUUAAGAAUCCGAUCUUGGUGGCUAGAAGACUACUGAAUGAAGCACAAAAGGGGAAGCUUUCAGCUGGGAGGAUACCUCCCUGCUUUUUAGUUGGAAUAGGAGCGCAGCAGUGGGCUCUUGGUCAUGGCAUCCCUGCAUGUCCUUCAGAGAAGAUGGCCACGAAAUUUAGUUUGUCAGCAUACAGAAGGAACAAGCGGAAGAUGGAACAGGCAGAGAAGCUGGAGACCGUGUAUAAUCCUUCAAAGAGACGACAACAAUCAAGUGGAACUGUGAGUGAAAUCAUGGUGGGUCAUGAGGAGCCUAUGUCUGCCUCCUUGGAUACAGUGGGAGCCAUUGUUGUGGAUCAGGAAGGGAAUGUCGCAGCUGCUGUGUCUAGUGGAGGUUUAGCCAUGAAACACCCUAGACGAGUGGGCCAAGCUGCUCAUUAUGGAUGUGGCUGCUGGGCUGAAAAUGCACGUGAUGCUAGACCAUACUCUACAGCUGUGAGCACCUCAGGAUGUGGAGAGCAUCUUAUGCGCACCAUGCUAGCUAGAGAAUGUUCCACAGCUAUGCAGACUGAGGAUGCACAUCAAGCCCUCCUGGAAGCUAUGCAAAAUAAAUUCAUUGGUUCACCAUUUCUGGCCAGUGAGGAUGGUGUUCUGGGUGGAGUAAUUGUUCUGAGAUGCUGUAGAUGUGGAGAGGACCAGAGCUCUGACAAUUUCCAGGCUCUGCUAGGAUGCAGCAGACUAGAAGAAGCCAACGUGCGAGGAAGGGGAUAUUCCAAAAAUAAUAACGUUUGGAUUUAAGGAUGUCCAUGAUAGCAGUAAUGCAGAGAACAGAAAUAUGCCAUGUCUGCACUUCAAUGACACCAUCACAAUGUCCAAUUUCAUCUACAAAAUGCACAAGGAAAGGUAUGUGACAUUUUUUAGCUAACUUAUUGGCUGGUUGAAUGCUAGCUAGCUGGAAAGGUAAGAUUAUCUAGCUAAUGCUAACUAAUUUAUGCAGUUAAAACAAUCAAUGACUGUCUUUUAGCGGAUGGUUGAAGGUUAACUAGUAAGGUAACAUUAGCUAGAUCGGUAAGUUUAAGAUAUGUUAGACUUGGCUUCAAAUUGACUGGGCAUUUUACUUAAUAGACAAAACGGCCAAUUCAUAGAAAUUGGACUGGAAUAUGUAGAAUGGAAAAUUCUAUAUGCUUUUCUUACCUGGGCUUCUGACAUGCUGUUAAUAUUUUUUAAGACUUCCUGAUUGAGUCCUAGUUAUAGUUGCUACAGUUUCCAGGGUUAAUAUUAACUGCCCGUCUGCCUGUCAUUUUCUCUGUUUUUGGAUAUUUUCAUAAAUACACUUUAAAUGUUCUUACUUAUAGCGUGAUAUCCAUGUUUCAUAUCGAAAUGUUCAGACCAGUGUCAGCUCUCUUCCUAAUAAGGUACAAUUUGACCUAGAGCACUGCAUAAAUGAAUGCUCAGUUUGGUCAAACAAAAGUCAUGAAUUUUGCACAGAAGCACCAUUUGGCAUGCUAGCUAGCUAGUAGCAGACAUCGUUCCUAAAUGCGACUGUAGUUAUCUAAGUCCACUAUUAUAGUGAUAUUGUAAAAGGACUUUCAUUUAGCCAUUAAUCCUUUAUUUUCAGAUUUUUCUUCAUCAAAGGAUUCAAACCCCUCAGGCCCCAAAGCUCCAUUACCUGCAUCACUGCUUUCCAAAUUGGCUGUAACUUCAGUAGCUGUAAACCUUUUGCACAAAAUUUUAACUAGCUAGCUAACUGUCAGCUGACUGAGGAAGGAAAUGUUUCCGAUGUGAAGAGUAAAUCCCUCGUGAUUUCAUGAUUGUUUAUUGGUUAGUUUCACACAAAUUGACAAACACAUCAGUCACACAUGGUGAUUAGGCAGAUAAGACCCAAUUGGCACACAAACACAAACACAGGGACCAAACAAUGAGAUGACGUGUAUCUUAAUCUGUGUCUAAUCUCUUAUAGGCUUUUUACUCUUACUAUCAACAAAAUUGAAAGGGCAGAGUCUACAGAUUCAGGAAACGUUUGAACUAUAUUUCUAUGCUGACUUAUUGCAAAGAUAUUAAUAAGAACACUGCAAAACAUUAAAGCCAGUGCACCAGCGCAUACUGGUUGACCACAACAGGUUAUAAUUGACCCCUGAAACAAUAGGAAAUCUCAGAUAGAAACAUGGAAUUUGAGUGGUUAUUUGUGUUAUUCUGCUGAGAAAAAAACCUUGGUUCCGGGAGGCCUGAUAUUUUGCAAGCUAGCCUGCUGCAGAGUGCAGAGUCCCUUGGCAUUUUAUGAUUGUUAGUCACAGCUAACAAUAAAUGUUUAACAUGGGAUCCUUUGCAUCUCUUGUUUAUACACAUUUCAACAAUGGAAGGUAGUGACUAAUACAAGACCCUAGUAAUAAUUAUAAGGUAUGAAAUACCUGUUUGCAGUUUCUGAGUAGUUGUUAAAAUAUGCCUGAUCUUUCAUGUUACACACCUAUUAAAUUGCUGGCUUGCUAAUAGUGGCUCUUGUUUGCAAGUUGUGAGCAAGUUCUUAUUCACUGUGCAAAAUGGAAUACACAUGUUUUCACCACAAAUGUGAACCCACUGUCCUAAAGAAUGGCCUAAAAUAUGGCCUAAAAUCUGUUGUAUUGGACCAUCUGCUAUUAUAUUCAGGACCAAGGUCCAGGUUGUUCAUCCUGUAGUAUGAGCAUCUCCAUUUGGUCUUGAACUGCCAGCAAGAUCAUUCAUGGACACAUCGGUUUCCUUUCCUCCUUGAACAAGUCUGACCUGGUCAACGUUGCUACCAGAUUCUCCUCUUUGCUGUGUCCUCGAUUUGGAAUGCUUACUUUUCUCUCAUUACACCUGUAAGUCUCUUGUCCCUUAAGGUCGGCGUCUUCCUUAUAGGUUCUCUUU